UGUCCUGAUGCACAUUCCCUCUGCUGAAAUGCAGCUGCUGCCUGCAUGCUACGUAUAUUACGGUAUUUUACAGCUAUCUGGCAGAGGAGCUUGACGGCUGCAGAGAUAGGGAAGAGGGAGAGGAGAAGGGAAGCACAGAUUUCUGCAAAUCCAGACUUAGGCAGCUGAUUUUCACCUGACUAAAGGACCUUUUGCCAUCCUCCUCAUCAUGCUGAGGAAGGGAGACAGAGAGGUCCUCCUGGAUCUGCACUCUGAGAGUGAAGCACACACCUCAGACGGAUAUGGGAGUGUGCACAAUGGGAGCUAUAUCCCGCCUAGAUGUCUUUCAGCUGCAGCUGCUGACGACGAUGAUGAUCCCAUUUAUAUGCACUGUUAUACAAAAAGUGAGCAGCCGGUUCCACAUCAGGGGAAUUACUUCAGAGAUGGCAAAACCAAAAUUGACUUCGUACUGGUGUGGGAGAUUCGUUCGCGUAGGAAACGGCGAGGAAAAGGGAAGAGCGAAGUGACGGGUGAGGAGGGGGACGCAGCGCCCCCCGAGGAGAGCAGCCGGUCUGAACGCAGGAAGGCUCAGCUGGCACAGUGGAGGGAGAAGUUUGUUCACAAUCUGGAAAGUGCUGGAUUAGUUAUGGAACAGGAGGAAACAUCGAAUGAAAAGAAAACAAUCCACUUCCUUAAACUAAGCGCUCCUUGGGAUGUGUUGGUAUACUACGCUGAGGAACUCUGUCUCAGAGCUCCAUUGCAGGCUCAGCAAAACCUGGACCUAAACACAUCCGCUCAGGUAAUGGAGAGACUAUGCAUACCUAACGUGAUGCUGGAGUCAGUGCCAAACAGGCCGCUGGACUAUUACACAUGUGCCUUUCGCAAGUCAAAGAUGAACAGGUUCCUUGGCUGUGACAACCAUGACACCUACUUCACGAACACGCAGAGACACCGUGUUGUGUAUGAGAUUCUUGCCAGAACGGUGUACGGCAAAAGGAAGAGGGCUGAGGUUGGUGUGGACAGACUGGUGAAUGAAGGCGUUUACACAGCGGCUUUCCCUCUGCACGAGGGCCCCUUCAAGCUUCCAAAGUGUGAGAUUCGUCCUGACGAGCUGAACCAGAGGCAGAUCCUCCACCACUACUGGGCCUGCUGGUGCAAGUGGUACAAGUACCAGCCACUGGACCACAUCAGAGAGUACUUUGGAGAGAAGAUUGCACUUUACUUUGCCUGGCUGGGUUUCUACACAGCCUGGCUGCUGCCGGCUGCAGUGGUCGGGACCCUGGUCUUUGUUUCUGGUGUCAUUUCCAUGGGUACCAACACACCAGCUAAGGACAUCUGUACCAGCGGAGCUACUUAUCUCAUGUGUCCUCUGUGUAAUACAUGCAAGGCCUGGAACAUGUCUGAUAUCUGCACCAUGGCCAAGUUGGGCUACCUGUUUGACCACCCAGGAACCGUCCUCUUCAGUGUUUUCAUGUCCUUCUGGGCUGUAACCUUCCUGGAGUACUGGAAGAGAAAGAUGGCCACCCUGGCCCAUCACUGGGACUGCAUGGACUUCCAUGAAGAAGAGGAGCGUCCUCGUCCAGAGUUUGCUGCAAUGGCCCCGACGAUGGAGCCAAACCCAGUGACCGGGGUGAAAGAGCCGUAUUUCCCAGAGAAGACCAGGCUGUCCCGUAUGUUCACCGGCUCCAUGGUCAUCAUCAUGAUGCUGUGCGUGGUGAUGAUCUUCCUGGUGACGGUGGUCAUGUGCCGCGGGAUCAUCAGCUUGAUGAUGUUCCGCACCAGUAGCAUCAUCCUGCGUACAGAGGCAGGAACCAUAGCGAACAUCUCCAGCAUUAUAGUGAGUCUGGGCCUCAUCCUGCUGAUGGGCCGGGUCUACACUGCAUUAGCAGAGCAGCUCACUAAAUGGGAGAUGCACAGAACACAAACCCAGUAUGACAAUGCCUUUAUCUUCAAGGUGUUCAUCUUCCAGUUUGUCAACUUCUACUCGUCCCCUUUUUAUGUGGCUUUCUUUAAAGGAAGGUUUGUGGGGUACCCUACCAACUAUGGGACCUUGUUUGGGAUGAGAAAUGAAGAUUGUGGACCCGGGGGCUGCCUCAUUGAGCUGGCUGAGCAACUCUUCAUCAUCAUGGUGGGAAAGCAGCUCAUCAACAACAUUCAGGAGUUCAUUAUCCCUAAAGUGAAGGCCUGGAACCAGAAGAGAUCUUUGGCCAAGGUGAUGGGGAACAAGGCAUCCCAUGAGCCUCAGCGCUGGGAGCAAGACUACCAGCUGGUGGAGUGUGAAGGCCUUUUCGAAGAGUACCUGGAGAUGGUGCUCCAGUUUGGGUUCAUCACCAUCUUCGUGGCAGCGUUCCCCCUCGCCCCGCUCUUCGCCCUCCUCAACAACUGGGUGGAGAUCCGUCUGGAUGCACACAAGUUUGCGUGCGAGUACCGCCGACCGGUGGCUGAGCGUGCCCAGAACAUCGGAGUGUGGUUCAACAUCCUUGAAGCCCUGUCACACCUGUCUGUCAUCGCCAACGCCUUCCUGAUAGCCUUCACAUCAGAUUUUUUACCUCGGCUGCUGUACCAGUACAGGUUUGAUAAUGAUCUCAACGGAUAUAUCAACUUCACCUUGGCUUACGCCCCACUUAACUACAUCGAGUACCCCUUGUGCAGAUAUAAAGCGUACAGAGACAAUGAGGGAAACUACUCACUGUUCUACUGGGAGCUCCUUGCCGUCAGACUUGGCUUUAUCAUUGCUUUUGAGCAUGUGGUGUUCUUCGUGCUGCGCGCCGUCGACUGGAUUGUUCCUGACAUCCCAGCAUCCCUGGAGCUGAAGAUCAAGAGGGAGCGCUACCUGGCCAAGCAGGCUCUGGCUGAAAAUCAGGAGGCUCUGCUGGUGAGUCGAGGCCAAGGAGCCAAUCCCGCCUCUCCAGGCACCUCCAGCCCAGAACUCUGUCGGACAGAACUAAUUUCUCUCUUCUGUCUCUCUGCUCCUUCCCCGUUUCUUCCCUGUCCAAAACAAACUGUACUGCACUGCACCCCUGAAGGAAGCGACGCGUCCUUUAGAAACAUGAGUUAGGUCUACUGUGUUGGAAACCAGUGGUUGGAGGGGAUAUUGGAGUAAUUGAAUACACUCGUUCACAUCUGGGAUAACAAGAGUGAACUCUUUCCCUGAGUGGAAUAGUGUCUCUGCACUGGAAUGUUUUUUUCUUUUCUUUUUUUCACCAAUGUGUAUGCUGCUGCACAGAAAUUAUGAUUAUAUGGUGUGUAAUGGAGGCCGAACUAACCCUAAAGCGAGUUUUCAGUCCAACACACUAAAAGUGUAAGACUAAUAUUCAUACAAAUGACAUACUUAUAAAUACUGGGUACUAACCCUGCAGUGACUGGGCCCUCUCCUGAGCAGACCCUAUUAGAAUGGAACAAAAAAAGUGUUAUUAUUACAGAUGGAUGAUUCACUGCCCCCAAUUUGCUUAAUCUUUCACCAUCAUCUCUGUUUUUUUUCAUGACAGAAAUUUUAAAAUACUGUCUCAUGAAAUGAAAAUGAAAAGAAGCCAGUCUAUGGAAAACUCAAUAUCGUCUUUGCCCAAAUGCAACACGUUCAAAGUAACAGACACCAUAUCUUCCAUAAUGAAGCCACAUCUAUGCCAGUCCUGUGAUUAGUUGUGUUUUUAGUGGUUAACCAAAGUUGCAGCAUGAAUUGUUGAUGCUAUCUGACUGUUUACAAGUUGUGUUGGGUCCAGUUAAAAGAAUCACAAACUGCUACCUGCAGCAAUGUGUGUCAGACCCAAGUGUGGAGCCAAUAAUAUUAAAUUGAUGUUCUAUGUUUUUUUAGGAAAUGUAAAAGUAGUCAAAGGUAAACAAUAAAGACCAGUGAAACACUGCUGCUCAGCCUGCUGUUUCUCUUAAAAUGGACACUCCUGUGACUUUUGUGGAGUCAGUGGACAAUGCAGCAAAGAUUGACAGAUGGUGGGGGUCGUUGGCUCCUACAUUUCCCUUUUCCUCAGUAAUUUGUAAAGUUGCAAAGUGUCAGGACUUAUUUUUGAGAAACUAGAGGUCAGCGGUCAGGUUCAAUUUCUGAAUAGAAACUCUCCUAAAAGUAUCAUGAUCUUUUAAGCAAUAAUACUGCCAUUAUAUAACUGACCUUUUGGGCAUUACAUUAACCUUUAGUAUCUAGAAAACUCAUUGUAAACCAUAUUAUACAAACAAAUAUCUACAGAUUGAUAAGCCCCUCCCUGCGUGAAUUAAUUAAAAUCUCAAACUCAAACCCCGAAUUAAAUCAUCCAGGUUAUUUCCUCAGACUUGACAAAGUGUGAUUAAAUAUUUAAAAUCAGAGGAGUGCCCAUUUAAGUACAUUUUGGUUGUUUUGUUAUGUGCACAAUAGCUUUUAUCACUAGCUUAUAAUGUAAGAUGGCAAAAUACAACUUUUCUUCCCUGUUUUUUUUUUUUCAAGACUGAUUGUAAACUGUUAUUAGAACAAACAUUGUCUGUUGUCUUCGAUGUGAUGAGAAAACCUGAAAACAUCUAGACAUUCAUGAUGCAAUGUAAUGUAUGCAAUGUAAAUACACGUAUACUGUACAUUUGCUGUCUUCGGAAGAGGAGCAUGUUGGUUUUUUCUACUUGAACUUUCUGCAGAGUUGCAUAGGGACAAUUUGCUGCUGUAACACACUGUAAACAGGAUUGGAAUAGUACCUCGAUGUAGGAAAUAUUUUGUGUGUGAGCUGUUCUGCAUUUAGGACCUUUUAGACCAAAAUAAAUGUAGUUUGAU